AUGCCCAAGAUACUUUGCUUACACGGAUACGGGACAUCUGCCUCGAUCCUCCAGCAUCAGCUGGGCCCCUUCAUGGCAGCUGCUGAUCCCAGUUAUGAGUUCGUCUUCCUGGAAGGAGAGAUAGAAUGCCAAAAGGCCCAAGGACUGGGGCCCUUCGUGAAGGGGCCAUUCCUAUGCUACAACGAGAGCUUCGCGCCAGCUGACAUCCAGGAGUCCUGCGACCUUAUCGACGAGAUGAUACAAGCAGCCGGCCCGUUCGACGGGAUAAUCGGCUUUAGCCAGGGCGGCUCGGUCGCCCUUUCGUAUCUGCUCCAACGCCAGAUCGACGGACACCCCCCUCCCUUUCGGUGGGCCGUGUUUUUCUCUACGGUGAUCGCAUUUGCUCCCAAUGACACCUUUGGUAGCAACAUACUUGCCAAUCUUACGGACCACGAGAUCCGUCUGUUGGAUGGGUAUCCUGCUACGGAUCUCUCGUCGCUUCAUCCGCUGACCCGAGCCCUAUGCGAGACAACUGCGCAGACUUUCUACUCUGCCAAAACCGGGGGGUUUAUCUCCCCUAAUACCCCAAUCGCGGAGUUCUCUAAGCGGGAUGAUCCCUCUCAGCCGCGAGUCUUCCACCCAGCCUUGUUGGGGGACCGGAUUCCUAUUCCGACUGUGCAUAUUACCGGCCGGAAGGACAAUAGCUUGAUGGUGGGUCUCUCUGUCCUUGUACAGGGCCUAUGUGAUCAGCGUCUGAUACGAUCCUUGACUCAUUCCGGUGGCCACAAUGUCCCCCGGUCUGCGGAUGAUGUCCGUGCUGCAUGGGCUGCUGUGGAUUGGGCUAUCCAACAUAGUCAGAAGCAGCAUAUCUGGUGA